AUGGCGACCAAAGCUGUACACAUCGAGGCCGUAGGUGAUUUAACCUCAAAAGUAUUUCUGGUCGCUUUUCGUCGUUUCAUUGUUAGGCGAGGUCAUUUUACGGAUUUGUGGAGCGACAAUGGUACCAAUUUCGUGGGAGCUUCACGUGAACUGCAAUCUUUGUUUAAAUCGGAACAAUCAUAUUUAAGAAAGGAGGUAACAGAGAGUUUAGCCUCUACCGGUACCGCUUGGCAUUUUAUCCCUCCUCGUGCUCCGCACUUUGGAGGUUUGUGGGAGGCUGCAAUUAAAUCAAUGAUAUUUCAUUUAAAAAGAAUAAUUGGGGAUCAUACGUUAACAUAUGAGGAGCUAGCUACGGUGCUUAAAAAGUAG